AGUGGAAACUCGCGCCCGUUAUUUUGUCUUCCGAAGUUCUCCGCCUGCCUUUCGCACAUAUUAAAAAUAAAGUAACCGCCCUAUAUCCUGCUACGGUCGGAAAUAUAUAUCACAUUCAAAACAAUCAACAGACCUGCCGAAACGAUUAUAGCAUUCAUUCAAAAGGCUUUAGCUUUAAUCUGCACUGUAUGCUGUGGUGGCUGAUAAUAAUCCUCAGAUUCCCUUAUUUCCUAACUCAAGGUAAGGAUAAGGCACUAUCAUUUAUUUGGUACAACUUUUUGCCGGUGUUUUACACUGCACCUCAACACCUAGGAAACGUACAGAAUUCACUUAUUCUUCCUAAACAUAUUUGGUUUUGUCCAAUAUUUUUUCCAAGCAUAUGCAUAUUAAUUUUAACCAUUGAUACAGUGCUGUAACGCGAAGUGAACAGCAAAACCUAAGUGUUAGCGUAAUGCUCAAGUGCUGUAUCUCUAGGUGGGAAAUUUUCAUCUAGCAGUCGAAUAUGUCAAC